AUGGACCAUCAUUGCCCCUGGAUUAAUAAUUGCGUAGGCUUUUGGAACAGAAAAUAUUUUAUGCUCCUUCUUAUAUAUGUUGCUAUCACUACUUACUAUGUAUGUAUUGGGAUGGCCUACGAGUUCUUCUAGUCAAUUAAAUGGGAGCUUGAUGCUUAUUACUUUUCUAAAACUGAUAAGCAAUAUGAAAUGUUGUUUAGAAGUACUUUGAUUCAAGUCUCAUUCUUAGUUAACUGUAUGGUAGGACUUCUAAUGACAUUUUUCCUUAAAUUUCACAUUUACCUAAUGCUAAAUAAUAAAACUACAAUUGAAAAUCUAGAAAAGAAAGGACAGCAAUACACUAGCCUUUAUCAUAUUGGAGGUGAAUACAAUUUCUAUCAGGUUUUUGGUACAAAUAAAAUGCUAUGGCCUUUCCCAGUAGUUUUAAGCAGUGGUAAACCACUCGGUGAUGGAAUAUAUUGGCAAACAACUAAAGAUGAUCUCGAUUACAAUAAAAGCCCAUUAAAAAGUGACUAAUCAUCGGCUUAAAAGAAUCCCUUAUCACCAGAUAGUAAUCAGAAGUCUACUAUUCAAAAAGGACAUAAAUAACAGAUAUCUAACUUUGAUGUCUAAUAAUCCGCCUCCACUUAAGGCAGAAGUAUGCAAAGAUAAUCUUAGUAAUAGUAGAGAAAAGCUUUUCAAGCUGUAGAUGUAAAUUCGAUACAGUCAAAGAUUCCAACUGGGGGUUCGAAGGCAUUUUCAAGUUCUCAUAGCUCUAAUCAUCAAUCUAAUCAGCAAUAGCAAUUAAAUUAUUAAAUGUCACAGCAGCAAUAAUAAUAUUAAUAGUAGCUCCAGAAUCAAAAUACUUUUAAUCCUGAUAAUAGAAUAGUGAUUCAUCAAUAGGAUCAGAGAGAAUCUAUAAAGAGGUAAUUAAAUGCUGCCAUUCAGAAUAAUCACAUCAAAGCAUAAUAACUAACUUAGAAUAUAAUGAAGGGACCCGCAGGAAAUUAACCAGGUCGUGAGCAAUUCACUACUGCUACUUCAAGUGAUAGACCACCUUAAUUUAGAUAAAGCAAGCCUGGAAAUUUCAAUGGAUCUACUGUCACUCAAAAUAAAAGACUAGUGAGACGAUGA